CUCUUCUUAGCCGGCGCUCGUGGCACGAAGCCCCGGCCCGUGGUCUUCUGCACGUCUGCGGCGUGUGCAGCCCCGGUGGCAGGGCCGGAGCAGGGUUAGGAGCAGAGACGGCGGGGCCUAUGGCCAGCCGCAGCAUGAGGGCGGUGGCGCUGGUGGCCGCGGCGGCCGCGAUGACAGGCGGGGUGAUCUAUGCCGUGUGGAGCUACGUGUCCUCCCCGCGCCCCGCGGCCGAGUCAGAGUUGCCCCGACCACAUCUGGGGGAGCCUCGGGCUGCUUCUCCUCCGCAAAUGGGGAGAAAAGAGAAGAAAGAAACGCUUGUGGUGGGGGGAAAAGAGGACAAGAGCAGCACCUCGGCUGUAUCAUCCCAGAAGCAGUCACAGGACAAAGCACAAAAUAAGCAAGUCUUAGUGCUAGGCCUGGAUGGUGCAGGAAAGACCAGCGUCCUGCAUACCUUAGCUACAAAUAAAGUCCAGCAUAGCAUUGCUCCCACUCAGGGCUUCAAUGCAGUGUGCAUCAACAGUGGAGAUAUGCAGAUGGAAUUCCUGGAGAUUGGUGGCAGUGAGCCUUUCCGUUCUUAUUGGAAGAUGUAUCUCUCCAAAGUAUUGGUAUUGAUUUUUGUGGUGGACUCAGCAGAUCACGGACGAUUACCUGAUGCCAAAGAGCAUCUUCAUCAAUUGAUCCAGAAAGAUCCGGCCCUUCCUCUAGUGGUUUUUGCAAAUAAACAGGAUCUUGAAGACGCAUAUUGUAUCACAGAUAUUCAUGAGGCUUUGGGAUUAUCUGAGAUUGGAGAUGAUAGAAAGUUGUUCCUCUUUGGAACCCACGUAACCAAGAAUGGCUCAGAAAUCCCCUCCAGUAUGCAGGAUGCUCGAGAACUGAUUGCCCAGCUGGUUUUAGAAGCUAAGUGACCAGUAUCCUCCGGUGCCUGUCGGCCCUUAUAACCAGAGAAUGUUGUGUUGCAAGCUUGAAGCCAAAAAGGUUUUUACUUUUAAACAGAAGACAAAGCUUAUCCUAUUUUCUUCACAGCACAUGGAACUUAGAUGACUAAGAUGUUAAUUUAUUUAAAGCAUCUAUUUUAAUUAGAUACUAACAUAUUUAAUAUAUAUUAUAUUUUUGAAACUGUUCUUAGAAGCCUUGUGUUUUUGUUAAGCAGAAUUAAAAUGUACAUGAAAAAAAUGAAUUUUCUGCCCAGUUGAGAAAUACUUCAAGAAUCUGUAAUUUUGUGACUGUGGAUACUCCCUCCACCAAAACAUUGCAUUCACUGUCUGGCUUGGAAGAUUGUCUUCCUUUUUCAUUGGGCUGGGUCAUUGAGUUUGUUAUUGAACCUGUACUUGAAGCUUUUCCAGCUGGUUAAGAUUUGCCUGACUUGGUCCUCUCUUGGCAGAACCUUCAAGAACCCAAGGUCACCUUCAUACCAUGAUGGAGAAUCAUAAUAAGACUUUAAUCAAAACCUUAGGAAAUAUAUAAUAAUUUUGAAAAUCAGAAUAGUUCAUUAAGACAGGGCCAAGCAAAUGGAGAUAGAAAAAUAAAUGGGAAUUUUUUAAAAAUGUAUUUUAUUUUUUCAAUUAACAAGUAUUCUUCUUUUUCUCUACCUGUCUCCAAUUUAGAAGAAAAACAGAACCCUUGUAACAAAUAUCCAUAGUUAAGUAAAACAAAUCCCCAACUUGUUCAUGUCUAAAAAUUAAACAUAGAAUUCUGGAUUGCAGUUUAAAAUUUAAAAGAAAUACCUUUUAAGAUGAAACUGGGCAAUAAAAAUUAUGGGAUUUAUUUUGGGAUUUUGUUUUCAAUUUUUACAUUUUCCCUUUUAUAUAACAUUUGUUUUUAGCUUUGUUUAGAAAACAUUGUAAAUAGAUACAUAUGAUGAGACUGUUCAUUGCACUUGCCUAAAAACAUAAUUGUUUAAAAUUAAAUCUUUAACCUAAGCUGCUUGUCUGACUACCUUUUUUUUUCUUUGUUUUACAGAUUUGAAAAGUGGGUUAUAGCUCUAACAUGGAGAUACUGAUGCAGAAUUUUUCCUUCUGUAAUUUGAGACCUGCAGUAAAACAUGAAACCCAAAGAUAAUGAAAGUAGUUAAACCCUUUCAACUUAAAUUAUAUCCUUCUCCUGAUUUCCCUCUCUUGUUUUUAUUUCUGAGUUAAUAUUUUAUUGAUGCCUUCUGUGUUUACAUGUCAUUCCCUAUGAGCCUUCUCUUGUAACAAAGAAACAGUUAAGCAAAACCAACCAGCACAGUGACUGUGCUUGACAAUAGCCUGCAUUUGC